UACCUAUAAGUUCAGUUAGAAUCUCGAAAUGUGGCUAGCUAACAUUUUGCUUUACGGAUUUUUAUUUAUUUCGGCGAAUGCGGAACAGGAAGUGCAAUUGGAGAUUCCUCAGGGAAUACUGAAGGGAUUGAAAACCGAGACUAUACUGAAAAAUAAACACUAUUACAGUUUUAAGGGCAUCCCUUACGUGAAACCAAAUGUGGGUCCUAAUAAAUUUCGAACACCUGAACCCGCGGAUCCUUGGGAAGGGGUAUACGAUGCAACCAUGCAUCGUUUUACAUGCCCCUUUUAUUGCAUGCUCAAAAAGGGCCUGAUCGGCGAUGAGGAUUGUUUAUAUUUAAACGUUUACACACCAGUUCUGGAUAAAGAAGCUCGCAAAGCUGUGAUGGUAUGGUUCCACCCUGGUGGAUGGAAUACUGGUAUGGCUGAUGAUACAUUAUUCGGACCGGAUUUCUUGAUUGAAAACGAUGUGGUAGUUGUUACUAUCAAUUUCAGACUUGGUGCUCUUGGAUUUUUGAAUACGGGAGACAAAAGUGCUCCCGGAAACGCUGGAAUGAAGGACCAAGUAAUGGCACUGAAAUGGGUGAAGGAUAAUAUACACUUCUUUGGUGGUUGUCCAAAUAGAGUUACCAUUUUUGGUCAUAGUUCUGGUGGAGCUUCCGUAGAGUAUCAUAUGUUAUCCCCUAUGUCCGAAGGUUUGUUCAGUGCAGCUAUUCAGCAAAGUGGAACAAUUGUUAAUCCAUGGGCGAUGACGUACAAUCCCAGAGAACUCGCUUUCAAGUUAGGAGAGGCUCUUGGAAUACAGACUACUGAUUCUGAGGAAUUGGUUCAAAAAUUGUCCGAAUUUCACGUGAAAGAUAUCAUUUCUGCAUCACAUGAAAUAAUGAAGAGUGAGAAUAUUUUGAAUGGACAUACAUUCGCUUUCGUCCCGUCUGUUGAAGUGGACUUGGGGCAAGAUAUAUUUUUGCCAACUGAUCCCUGGACAUUAUUGAAGACUGGAAGAAUUGCGGAUGUGCCUUUAAUGACCGGAGUUGUCACCGAUGAAUGUAUAUUUAAUGCCCAACGUUUGUUCAUAGACGAAAUUGAAGUAUUGAACAGUGAACCAGAAAGAUUUCUGCCAGACGAUUUGAACAUCACCGAUUCAGAUUUGAAGAAGAAAACUGGUGAAUGUUUAAGAAAAUUCUACUUUGGCGAUAAACAAGUAUCGAAGGACGAUUUGAAAGAAUACACCACGAUGUUAAAUGAUGUUUUCUUCAACGCAGGAGAGCUGUUAUCACUCGAUAUCAUAAAAGCUCGAAAUUCAGCUGCAAUUUAUGAGUAUCUAUUUUCUUAUCAAGCUCCAUUUGGUCUUAUGAAAAGUCUAUUUGGUAUUAGUGAUGGAGUUGCACACGGUGACGAAUUGGGUUACCUCUUUUAUUCUGAAGCUUUCAAAAAUUUACCAGAACCUGGUUCUCCCGCAGAAAGAAUGACAAAUAUUUUAACCAAACUGUGGACGAAUUUUGCCAAAGACGGAAACCCAACAUCAAAGUUGGACGAGGAUAUCACUGUGAACUGGGAGCCCCUGGGAGAAGAUAAUAAUUACAUGAACAUUAAUCAAGAAUUGAAAAUGGAGAAGGAUCUAUACCGAGACAAACAUGACUACUGGAAGGAGAAGUACAAAAAUGUCAUGCCAUAAACUGUAUGACAUAUUAUCCAUAGAACUAUCUGAAUAUAACUAGAAAAUGUCAUUAUAAUCGUUCUACGUUAUAAAAGUGUAUAUUAAUAAAUAAACACUUUUACUUCGUUUUAGAAUUACGA